ACAGACAAUGGUAGUGAAAAUUCCCGACUUCCGCGCGGGUCGUGAGCGCCGUCAUCUGACUCGCUCCCAGGCCUCUUCCAUUUUCGUUCCUUUUUUAAUAGAGUGUCACUGCCUCGUCACACCACCUUGUUCUCCUGUCAGUACCCGUUGUUUGAGUUCCGCUUGAUCUGGGCAUUGCCUCUCUCAGUUGCGCUUUUUUCGCUUCCUCCUCCGGAUAUAAGUGUCAUUGUUCGAAGCGAUUCUCUUCUCUCUCUCUCUCUCUCUUUUUCGUUUUCCUUGAUCUUCGUCCACACCCAUUGUUAUCACCACCUCUCCCUCUCCCUCCCCCUCUCUCUCUCACACCCGUCGCCCCAUGACCUCUACCAGCACACGGGGAUGAAUGAGGUCACCCUCGAGGUCGCUGCAGGCUUGAACUCGACGCUGACGCAGGUGGCCUCGGCCCUCGGGUGGGUGCUGGCGUGCGUGACCUCGGUUCUGCUGGACGAGGAAGGGCAGGUGUCCCCCAGGUCGCUGCAGCAGGUCAAAGAGACUGCGGUUACUGGCUGGACUGAUUUGAUUUGGUGGCUUGGCUUUACUCCCCUUCAAAGCCAUGUUUUUAAAGCAUUUGCCAUCAUCCUGGUUGUCAAUUUUGUUCUGAUUACGGUCUUCUGGUAUGUGUAUGCCCAGCGGAUCUCUCACACGCUCUCUUACAACAGCCUACGCAUAGUUGAGGACAUCCUGAAGAGGAACACAAACUUCAAAAUCAGCAAAGAUAAUCCUGCCCGCCCUUAAUAUUUAACUCAAGGAAGGAACCAUGGAUGCUUUAAAGAAAUUCUUUGAAAAGAAGAAAGCUGAUACAAAAUUCAAGCUUGCAGGCCAAGGACACAGUUUGACCAAGGAGGAGAGUGAUCGCUCCAAACAACCAAAGCAGAAUUACCCGCAGCAGAGGCAUGUUCCGACACAGGAUGCCCAGCGAGCUGGUGCUGCAGCUCUGGCUAGGAUGGAGACUCAGUCUAAACGAGUUGAUGUUAACUGGUCCCUCCAAGCCAUAAAGGCCCAAGCUAGACGAGAGCUGGAAGCUGAGCAGAAGGCCUUAGAGGAGCUGAGCCUUGAGAACCAGGCAGCACCACCUGGGCCCAAGGAGGUCAGCCUGGAAGCAGCUCCCAUGCUUGCUGUACAAGGAGUCUUAUUCCACUGUCCUUUACUUGGGCCAGAAGUUGCAACUUAUGAGGAAAUCAAAAGACAAAUCCGUGAAUUUCUGUUUUCUCAGAUAGAAGAAGAUAAAGGCAUAGCAGCUUGCCUCAUUAUCCAAACUUGUAACAAAAACAAAGAAAAGGUUAAUGUGUGUAAUGAAACUUUGUGCAAGUAUAUUGAAAAUAUUGUUUCCAACCCCAGUGAGGAAAAGUAUAGAAAGAUCAGGAUGUCAAACAAAGCUUUUCAAGAAAGGAUUCUACCUAUUGAAGGGACUAAGGAAUUCCUUGAAGCUGCAGGAUUUGUUGUUCAGGAACUACCUUUCAAUGAAGGAACUGAUAAGUUUUGGGUGUUUCCGGAAGACAAGCUUGCAGAGCUGAGUACUUUAGAGCAAUUACGUGAUGCUCUUGUAAGUGCCGAGCCUGUACGACCUCAGUUGGACCGAAGUGCAAGAGUUCUUUUGCCAACUGAAGCUGCCUCACACACAGACUUGCCAGCAGAGUUUUUCAACCUAACAGCAGAGGAACUUAAAAAGGAAAUGCAGCAAAGAGCUACUGCUGUGGAGCGGAGCAUGAUACUCCAGACGAAAGCUAUGCGUGACCGCCAAGAGUUGAGGGAAAUGAGGAAGUAUAGGUUUAGCUUAAUAAGGGUACGCUUCCCAGAUGGUCUAAUUCUCCAAGGGACCUUUGGGACAUACGAGAAGUUUGGAGAAGUGAUGAGCUUUGUACGGGAACAUCUUCAGAAUGAUUGGCGGCCAUUCUUUUUAAGUCUUAGCAGUGGUGGAAAGAUAACCGAAGAGGAUCAGAGCCUGGUUGAACUUCGAUUGGUACCAGCUGUUGUCUUCAAUUUUACGUGGGAUUCAAGUGUGACAGAUCCAAACUUGGAUGAUAGUCUUUACCUCAAACAGGAGACCUUGAUGCUCUUACAGAAUAUGUCAUAGACUGGAGGCUUUCCAUUUUGAAUAAAGAAAUAUCCAUGGUGUCUUUUGUACAUACCAGCCAAUGGUCAGUCAGGUGUGAGUAUACAUGUAGUGUUAAAUUUGACAACUUUUUUGUUGACAGGAAUUAACGUAAUUCAUCAUUAUAGGUGAUAUUUAGUCAUUUAAAUUUGCUAUUAUUUCCAGUUUAAAAACAAAACAAAAUACCAUUAUACAUAUAUAUAUGAUGUGAUAAGGCAAUGUUUCUUGAUAUAUAUAUAUAUACAGAACAAACAGCUAUCAUGCUUUGAUGUGCAAGAUAUUUGCCUGCUGGCUCAUAAAGCAUGUGAUACUAGUUUCCCAAACACUGUUGAUUAAGUAUUAUAUCAGCAGUCUGAAGUUUACCAUGUUAUUGGAUCUUCCUAAAUCUGGUAAAGGAGGUAUCACACAAGCAAGUUUUCACGCUCAACCUUCAAUGUUCAUGCAAUUGUUUGUGCUCUGCAAUCUAAUACUUAAGUCUGGCAAGGUUAACCAGUAGAAAAAUUAUAUAUUGUGUUCAUGAUUUGAAGCAAACUGUAAAAAAGAUAAGGGAAGAAAGGACUGAUUAAUUAGAAAUUUAUUUACAUUAGGCCCUGUCCAUAUGGGGGCAAACAUAAUUACUAUAUUGCAAAUAAAGGUGGGCAAAAUUGGCUAUGCCAAUAGUCUUGGUAAAAUACUAUAAACAAAUUUCUGACCUAGACAGCUAUGGACACAGUAUGAGUGUGCAUACCCCUGACUCAUAUUUGGUGCCAAGGAUUCAUUGUCAGAUGUUGUGGCACUGGUUUUUACCAGAUCUGAGGCUUUAGCAUUCUUGAUUAAAAGGUCAUCAGACCUCACUCCUGCCACCCACCAAGUUCAGGUAAUACUUUUACCCACAUUGACUCAACCCAUCAUAUGCACAGGGUUGUAGUCCUUUAUUGCUUACCAUACUUUGUAUCAAUUUUAAUUCAAAUUUCAUUUGUAAGCAGAUCAUUCAUCUUUUUAAGCCGUGUCCAGACAAGAAGGCAAGACCAGAGGGGAUGCCUGAGAAGUGAUUGUAAAUACGAGCUAACUACUGGCUAAACAGCCAGUCUUAGAUUGGAAGUGGUUGUUUAAGCCAGUGGUAUCUGUAAAUACGAGCUAACUACUGGCUAAACAGCCAGUCUUAGAUUGGAAGUGGUUGUUUAAGCCAGUGGUAUCCGUUCCCAGCGGUAUCCGUUCCCAGCCUGUCACUUUUGAGACAUCCAUACAAUAAUGCCCACUCUUCUAAACAUGGCCUCUUUUAAUGUAUAUGAAUAAAACAUAAUAACUGUAAAGUUCCAAUAAUUAGGACCGGUGUUACCGAGAGAGAGAAAAAUAAACUAAACUAUUGGCCACCUCCUCUUAAGGGCCCACCCACAUGAUCAAACAGCCUGGUGGGCAUUACCUGUUGCUUGGGUAUGUACUGUAUGUGGGCAAUUCAAAUGUCCUCCAUUAAUGUCUGAACCAGUCAAUCCUGGGCAGAAUCUAGAGCAGGUAGUCAACAGAUGUUUGUUUAGGACAAGCUUAUGUAAAUGCUGCAAUUUAAUGAUUUUGUAUUUAUGUAAAGUGAACCACCAAAUUACACUCACUAGGCCCUCAAUGAAAUGUAGCAGGAGAAAAUCCAGGGUUCUCCAUGAGUAUCCCACAAUCUAUAGAUGGUAGAUAAAGCUUCAUUUUAUUGGAAUUUCUGUUCCUGGAUAGCCUAUUUCACUGACAUACUGAUAAAUGCAUUAUGGUGAUGAACACUGUAGGCUUUAAGAUAGGAUCAUGUGAAUGGGCCUUUUUACUUUUGAUUUACUUUUCAUUGGAAAUCGAGUAAACCACACCAUCAGUCCACUUUCAAAACUGACAAGAGAAUAUACUUUUGAAGUGUAAUACAAAAAAAAAAAAAAGCUGCUUGUGUGAUAACCUCAAGUUAAAUUAUAGUAUGAUGAACAAUGCUACCUGCCACACAGUACAUGAUAUGCAUGUAAAGAUUUCUUGGGUUUUAGCAUUGCAUAUGUGGGCAAUCUGAAAUCAGCCGUUUCAUGUGUAUAUAAAUUAUUUCAUCUGAAUAUUUCAAUUAUCAGUUGAGACUUUAGUCACAUACUGUAUUUAAAGGUAUCUUUGUCUGGUGCCUGUGCUAUCUGCAUUUUGCCAAUUGAAGACUGUUCCUAUUGUAUUUUGUAAACUUGUUACAGCUAGAUAUGCAAGUAGUUUCUCAAGUAUAUAUUAAAUUUCAUUCAAUGCAAUUUUCAGAACCAAUGUAAACAGUGGACACUCAUUUUGAAAUAAUAAAUUGGUUAUGUACAGUAUACUGCUUGUGUAGUUGGAUAAUAUAUUGUGAUACCAAGUCUAAUAAGGUAAUAAGACAGAGCAGCUACACUAUUGUGAAGAUGGUAUUGAAUUUUCAGGUAGGAAAAGAAAAAAAAAAAAAUAUCCCUCCGCUAAAAUGCACAGUGAUGGUAACUCAUCAUGUAGUGUUGAAACUAUUGAGCAGAAAUUCUGUGCUUAUUGAGGAGACAUUCCAAUUUCCUUUUUCUGAUCUAUAGUAAUAUUGUGCUACAUGAUUGGUAAUGUGCAUCAUGAAAUGAAACCUUUAGUGAACAAACAGUGGCAUGUAUGUGGGACCCUCUGUAUUUUCUUAAUUAAGAAACAUUGAGUCAUAGUGAGAAACACUGAAGAAACUGCUUUCAGUUUGUUAUUUUGGGAAACAUUUAGCCAAGCUUAUUUUCCAUUGUAAAGCCUUCAAACAAAUAUUUGCACUGCAAUUAAAGGAAGUAAAACAAAGUUUGUUCCCUCUGGGUUUUAUUGUACUCAUCUUAACGUAGACAUUUUUCCAACUUGUUUUCAGGAAUAAUCCAUGAAGUCAGAUAAAUGUAUUCUGUAAUAAUUGAUGUGUUAAUAACCUUUUCAGACUGUAAAAAAAAAAAAAAGUUUGUUAAUUAAAAGACAUACAAUAUAGUAAUCUAAUUAUCAUUUCCAUGGCUUGAUUUGAGGUUAUUUUAUUUUAAUGAUUUAUUUUUAAAAAUCAGGUCUUUUAUCCUUUGAUUAUAUUACCUUUAUCCUUUGAUUAUAUACCCAUAUGUAACAUAUCCAUCAAAUAAAAAAUGCAAACUCUU